AUGACUUCACUCCCAAAGAGGAUCAGACCGGUUCCUUUGCCUGAAGCUGUCCUUGCCACCCCAGUGCCGAGGACGCGGUGUCACGCCAUGCAUGGCAACAACUACGCUGUCGAUGAUGACCGUGCAGGUGGCGGGGACGACAUACACAACCUUGACGCGCCAGGUCAGCAGCAACAGCACCACUAUGGGGGCGUACCAGCAGGGAUUGGUGACGAUGUUUAUGCCAGCAGGGAUACUUUUGGAGAACAAGGAGUAGGGUUCGGGUGGCUCCGAGAGUUUGGAAACGGAAAGACGGACAUCGCCGGGCUGGUUCUUUCGACGGUGCUCCUGAUGACGGCGGUGGGGGCACCACUAGGAGCCGCCGCAGACCUGGGAGUCGGAGACGGUCGUGUGCUCGGCCCGUCCUCGCUCAAUCAUGGACCGACCGCUGUGCACUUGAACGUUGAGAGCGCGGUGCCAGUGCCCACUGCGGAAAAAGCAAGGAAUAAUCGUGUCGGCGCCUUGAACCUGGGGGGUCUGCCGACGAGAAGCCCGCCGGUGACUCGCGUUGCUGGUGUCGAAAGCGAGGUCGGGGCGGGCGGCGAGGCGUCCACACGGAGAACGGGGCCUCUGGCGCAGAUGGCGAGAGAUUCGAUGUCGGCGGUGCGCGACAUCGCGCACAGGGCAGGAGCGAUCGCGGCCUCGCGAACGCCCGGAAGGGAAAGUGUCCCAGGUGCUCCCUGGCCCCUCCGCACGGCGAAACCUGACGUCCAUAAAGAACCAUCCCUCGAAAAGACGGAAGACUCGAGAUUGAUUGUACGCGAUGACCAUUCCGGCACGUCCUUUGAGGGAGGGGCUCCCUCCGCCGAAAGGUUGACAACCGCAAAUGCCGUUCGGUUCGGAAAGCAAGUCGAACACGGAACUGGGGCGGCUAGUAAGGCUGCUCGUCCGGACCAACUUGAGGAGCUGGAAAACGAGCACACCAAGCUGUUCGGAGAUUCCCUGCCGCUAUCCACCAUGCCGGACAGCUUCAAUCGCGCCAUCAGGAGAGCACUCCCGGCCCUGCUCCCGCCGGCGCUGGCGGUGUUCCUCACCGUGUCCAUGCCAGCCGUGAUACUGCUGCUGAAAGGAGUAGGCACUACGCUGGUGGCUGUCGCGAAAGGCUACGGGAAGGCAGACCGGCGGCGCUCAGACGACGGACACGACGUUGGUUCUGCUCUGGAGGUAGCUAACCAAAUAGUCGGUUUACAACUCGCGCAUGUGUGUGGUUGGUACCCGAUGGAUCUCGGGCAAGAAGUUGCCCAAGUCGGCUUCGGCGGUGGUGGCGGUGGUGUUGGUGGUGACCUUGGCGGUGACGGGAAACGCCGUGAACGAGGACCAGAAACCCCUCUUUCGGCCUUCCAAAUGUUUCUCGGAGGGAGUGGUGGCAGUGGUGGCGUUGAUGCGGGCGGAAGCGGACACGGUGGUGAUGUAGAUACUAAGGCGGGCGGUCCUGUGGGGGACAGCCCCGGGGCGGUCGCGCCGUUCGCGCCUCCUUCGACGGUGAGCACGGAGAGACAAGGGUUCUUCUCCAAGCCGAGGCAGCAGCCCCCCCAGCUAAAGGACACUGGCGGUGGGUUCGCGGUGGGAGACGACGCGAUGGCAGCAAUGGCGAUGGCGGCAAUGACUCAGGAACUGACAGUCAUGAAGCACUCACUACAAAAAGAGGCAGAAUGCACCAGGAGCUGGCCUUUCACAAAAGGGGGGAGGGAAAAGGGAAAGCGGGACCCCCCCCAGGUUGAAUCCAUGAGAAGUGAGCUCGAGCGCGCGAGUGACGACUCGAGGCGCCUCACCGACAAGCUUUGCCGCCUAGAGGAAGACAAUCGACGGCUCGAAGCUGUGGUAUCACGCUUGGGGGGGCAAGACGCUCGGCGCCUCAAAGCUCAGUUAUUUUCGCUGCUAGCUUCGCCUUCGAUGGGACAGCUUGGAGAAGGCAAUCCCUCGACCCAGCUGAGCCCAGCCUGA